AAUUCAAAUCGAAGAAUCAGAUCUCGCAAUGGUUGGAAAACAGCAGAAUCAUUCCCACAGAUUAAGAUCCAAAUCUCUAAUCCUCACACUCUCCCUCUUCUCCUCCUCUCUACUCGUCAUCCUCUACACCUUCUCUCCCUCCGUUUCCUAUCCGAACCAGACGGAGACGUCCUUCGUCGCCUCCCUCGAGCAGUUUUUAAUCCACAAGGCGCCGAAGCUCACGUCACCGUUUAGAGACGACACGGUGCGUGUGGAGAGCGAUGAUGAUGAUCCUAGGAAGCUCGAAUCGAUGGUGUCCGAGAGGGAGAAUCGAUUGUUGAACGAAGACCCGGGAUACCCAACCGAGUUUCCGGUUAAGGUAUACGUCUACGAGAUGCCAAAGAAGUUCACUUUCGAUCUUCUCUGGUUAUUUCACAACACUUACAAAGAGACCUCCAACGCCACAUCUAACGGUAGCCCUGUGCAUCGCCUCAUCGAACAGCAUUCUAUUGAUUACUGGCUCUGGGCUGAUCUGAUCUCUCCUGAAUCCGAACGCCGUUUGAAAAGCGUCGUGAGGGUUCAUCAGCAGCAAGACGCAGACUUUUACUACGUUCCGUUCUUCACCACCAUCAGCUUCUUCUUGUUGGAGAAGCAGCAAUGCAAAGCACUCUAUAGGGAAGCUUUGAAGUGGGUGACUGAUCAGCCUGCUUGGAAAAGAUCUGAGGGAAGGGAUCAUAUCUUUCCUAUUCACCAUCCCUGGUCUUUCAAGACCGUCCGCAAAUCUGUGAAGAACGCUAUCUGGCUUUUACCAGACUUGGACUCCACUGGGAACUGGUAUAAGCCUGGGCAAGUAUCAUUAGAGAAAGACCUAGUUCUUCCUUAUGUUCCCAAUGUUGAUAGAUGUGAUGCCAAAUGCUUGUUCGAAAGUGCACCAUUGAGGAAUACACUUCUUUUCUUCCGAGGGCGGCUUAAGAGGAAUGCUGGAGGUAAAAUACGUGCAAAGCUUGGUGCAGAACUAAGUGGUGACAAGGAUGUAAUCAUCACUGAGGGAACUGCCGGAGAAGGAGGGAAAUUGGCAGCUCAGGACGGCAUGCGUAGGUCUUUAUUCUGUUUGUGUCCUGCUGGUGACACACCAUCCUCGGCGAGAUUGUUUGAUGCCAUUGUCAGUGGAUGUAUACCUGUUAUAGUCAGUGACGAGUUGGAACUUCCUUUUGAAGGCAUACUUGAUUACAACAAGGUUGCUGUGAUUGUUUCUUCUAGUGAUGCAAUACAACCAGGGUGGCUUGUGAAUCAUCUGAGAAGCCUUGUACCCUCCCAAGUCAAGGAAUUCCAGAAUAGUCUUGCUCAAUACUCGCGGCAUUUCAUAUAUUCCAGCCCUGCUCAGCCAUUAGGCCCAGAGGAUUUGACAUGGAGAAUGAUAGCUGGAAAGCUGGUGAACAUCAAGCUUCACACGAGGAGAUCACAACGGGUGGUGAAAGGAUCCAGGAGUAUAUGCAGAUGCGAUUGCUGGAGACCUAACUCCACAGCCUCCAAUCCUCUGAGUCCUCUCUUGCCUUAAGACCCAUCACUCCACUUCACAUUUUCAGUCUUGCCUGUCCCCUGGAUAUGUAUGUAUACAAUUUCACAUUUCUUACAGUUUAUAUAAUUGUAUGCUCUAGUUUCUCA